GACAGCCACACCUCUGCUUCUAUCAUUCUUCUGGGUUUGUUCGAUCCUCUCUUUCCUUAAAAACCACCUAUACUCGAAUCAUUUUUUCUCUCUCUCUCUCUUUCUCUUGAUCUGAAUCCGAAAACUGAGUCUCAUUUUCAGCAACAAAAUCUCGAGUUUGCGUGCUCGGAUUUCUGAAAUUCACCAUUAUUUUGUAAUCGAUCAACUUCAUCUUCUUCAAAUUGAGCGCGGCAGUGUCGGCGACGGUGGCUAUGGCUUCGAAGACUAAGACUAGUUUAUCUGAAACCACUCCCGGAAAACCAUCUCCAAGAGUAACGAAAUUGACUAGGGCAGUGAAUAAAUCUGAGACUAAUUCUCCGUCACCGACUCCAAAUUCUCGGCUUCCACUUGAUCGUUCUUCCCCAAAUUCAAAGCCUUCUGUUGAGAGACGAUCACCAAAGGUUCCAACUCCACCUGAAAAAACCCAAGCGCGGGUAGUAGCAGCAAAAGGAGCAGAACCGCAGACCCGGUUGACACUGACUCAAGUCAAGGAAGAUCUGAAGAAAGCUAAUGAACGGAUAUCUUCAUUGGAGAAGGAAAAAGCUAAAGCACUCGAUGAGCUCAAAGAAGCCAAGAAAGAAGCUGAAGAAGCAACUGGGAAGCUGGAUGAUGCUUUGAAAGCUCAGAAAAACGUCGAGGAGAAUUCCGAGAUUGAGAAAUUCCAGGCUGUUGAAGCAGGGAUCGAGGCAGUUCAGAAGAAAGAAGAAGAGUUGAAGAAAGAGCUCGAGGAUGUCAAGAAGCAGCAAGCUUCAGACUCUGCUGCUCUUCUUUCGGCUACGCAGGAGCUUCAGAAACUCAACGAAGCAUUGGCCGCGGCCAAUGAAGCCAAGAGCAAGGCCUUGAGCCAAGCAGAUGAUUCUAGUAAGACGGCUGAGAUUCAUGCAGAGAAAGUUGAGAUCUUGUCUUCGGAGUUGACGCGGUUGAAGGCCUUGCUUGAUUCAACCCGAGAAAAGAAGGCGAUUUCGGGAAGCGAAAUGGUUGCCAAACUAGAAGAGGAGAUUGUGGUUCUGAAAAGAGAUCUUGAGAAAGCUAGAAGUUUCGAGGCAGAGGUCAAAGAACAAGAGAUGGUCAUCGAGAAGCUUAAUAUUGACUUAGAAGCUGCGAAGAUGUCAGAAUCUUGCGCACACAGCUCAUCUGUGGAGUGGAAGAGCAAAGCCAAGGAACUGGAGGAACAGCUAGAAGAAGCUAACAAGUUGGAGAGAGCUGCUUCUGUAUCUUUGGAAUCUGUGACGAAACAACUCGAAGGAAGCAAUGAAAAACUGCAUGACAUGGAAUCUGAAAUCACUGAUCUUAAGGAGAAAAUCAUGACGUUGGAGACGACAAUUGCUAGACAAAAGGAGGAUCUUGAGGAAUCUGUGCAACGGUUGGGCAAUGCAGAAGAAGAAUUGUCCAAGACUGAAAAAGAAGUUGAGAACUUGAAGAAUGAGCUCGAAACUGUGGAGGAGGAGAAAAAUCGGGCUUUAAAUAAGGAGCAUGAUGCUUCUUUAAGUGUGCAAAGGCUCUUGGAACAGAAAAAGAAGCUCUUAGCAGACUUGGAAAGCUCAAAGGAGGAAGAGGAGAAGAGUAAGAAAGCAAUGGAGAGUUUAGCUUCGGCGUUGCACGAAGUGUCGAGUGAAGGAAGGGAGUUGAAAGAGAAGUUGAUGAGUCAAGGCGAUCACGAGUAUGAAACACAAAUAGAAGACUUGAAGUUGGUCAUUAAAGCGACGAACGAGAAGUACGAGAAUAUGCUUGAUGAGGCGAGACAUGAGAUUGAUGUUCUUGUUAGUGCGGUCGAACAAACCAAGAAACAUUUUGAGAGCUCAAAGACAGAUUGGGAGAUGAAAGAAGCCAAUUUGGUGGAUAACGUGAAGAAAAUGGAAGAAGAAGUUGCUUCGAUGGGGAAAGAAAUGAAUAGGUUGGAUAAUUUGCUGAAGAGAACCGAGGAAGAAGCCGAUGCAGCCUGGAAGAAAGAAGCCCAGACAAAAGACAGUCUAAAAGAAGUGGAAGACGAGGUGGUUUAUCUACAGGAAACCCUCGGUGAAGCAAAAGCCGAAAGCAUGAAACUAAAAGAGAACCUGUUGGAUAAAGAAACUGAGUUUCAAAACGUCAUUCACGAAAACGAGGAUUUGAGGGCAAAGGAGGAUGUUUCUCUGAAGAAGAUCGAAGAGUUAUCGAAGUUACUCGAGGAAGCAAUAUUGGCCAAGAAGAAAGCGGAAGAGGAGAACGUCGAGCUCAGUGAAAGCGAAAAAGAGUAUGAUUUGCUACCGAAAGUGGUUGAGUUUUCGUCUGAGAAUGGUCAUAGAAGUGUAGAAGAGAAAUCUCCUAAAGUCCAAACCAUUGAUCUCGAAGCUCCAAAAGAACAUAUCAGCAAUGGAGAUGUCAAUGGCAAUGGUAUGGAGGAGAAAGAUGUGAAUGGAAAACCGGAGGCGAAAACCGAGAAGAAGGAGAAGAAAGAAGAAUCUCCAGAUGAUGACAAAGAUGACUCGGUUGAAGUUAUAUUCAAAAUGUGGGAAAGUUGCCAAAUCGAGAAGAAAGAAGCUUUCCCCGACAAGAAAUCAGAACUAGAGUCCCAAGAAGAAGAAGAAGAAGAAGACUCAAGCAAAAUCGAUGAAAGCGAUAAAACCUCAACAGAGAACAUCGAUGAGACCGGAAACGGUUUAAUCGCAGAAGAUCAGCUUGUGAUGGAGAAGAAGAUGAAGAAGAAGAAGACUUUACUUGGUAAAGUUGGGAAUCUUCUCAAGAAGAAAUCAUCACCCGUAAACCCGAAAUAACACACUCUUCGAGGUAAGGGAGAAAAAAAAGUAAAGCUUAUAUAUAUAAAAACCAUAUAAUCUGUAUACUCUUUUGAUUUGGUCAGUGUUCUUCCUUUAUAUUAUAUCUUUUGUUGGUUCUUGAUUCUUUUCUUCUUUUGGAUUUCCAACAACAAUGUGUCUCCAUCUUUUUAAUGUAAAGGCUUGUGUUUUUCUUUUA